AUGCCUGCUGCUGCUUCCCUUCCCGAACAGAGUGUCGUCGCUGAAGAGGACAAAAAGAAUAACUUGAAACUUUCAUCAAAACCUAGCGAAGAAGCUUUUCAAAAAUCCCUUGAUGAAAUAAAGGGCACGAUUGAUAAAUUGCAAGCGGAAAUGGUGUGUCAUCUCACAUAUUUUCCCGUUAUAAAAUUAGAUUCACCAACAGAGUUAAAGCAAGAAAUAACGUUAUUGUUGCACGACAACGCUAUAAAUGAAAAAAUUAAUAAUGCAGAUAGAAGUUCUGCAUCGUUAAAAAAAGAUGAACUUCGUGAAAAGCAAUCCGAAAUUAGAAAAAAGAGGAUGGCGAAGAGAGAUGAGUUGAAAACGAUGAGUGAUUCGUUGCAGCGAAAGAAACGUGAUCUAAAAAUGAACAAAGAUAAAGUUAAAAGUCCGUAUAAAACAACCAAAGAGAUUGACAAUCAGAUAAUGAAACUGGACAAGCAAGUCGAGGCGGGCAAUCUAAAAAUUAUCGAUGAAAAAAGGAUACUCACAGAAAUAUCCCAACUUAACAGGCUAAAAAAGACUGUUGAAUCUUUUGAUGCCCAGCAACUGAUCAUUGAUAAUGAACAAAAGGCCAUCGAUGAAUUAAGAAAGACUCUAGACGAUGACGAAACCGAUAUGCAAAAAUUUAACACCGAAUUCGAUCAGUUGAAAAACGAGCUUGAUGAAAUCAAUGUGCUUUACGACGAAAAGAAACGAAUUCGUGAACUAAUCGCCAGCGAAAUUGAAAGAAGACGCGACGUCAUAAAUGCCAGAAAUCAGUUUAAACAACAACAAGAAGAAGAUCGUCGUCGUCGACGGGAAGCACAAAAAGAAAAGAGGGAACAAUAUGAAGCACAAAGGAGAGCUGAGAUAGCCGCACGUAUCAGAGAAAAUGCAUCCACCCCGGCAUUCGAAAAUGAGAUUUAUACUUGUGAUCUUCUGAUCAAGUAUUUCCAAGCUAUUAAUGGUAAUAGUAAAGCAAACGAUCAAACACCCGUUACUACUUCGGCUUUUAGCACGACUAUACGCGAACCUGAUACUUCAUCCAACACCCCUGAAGGAAUGAUGCUUACUAAAAAGGCUGAUCGUAAUGAUGAUUAUUUCAUUGGAAAAAAGAAUAGUAGCAAAAAGAAAUCACCCAAAGAUAAAAAAUCGACCAGUUUCAAUCUCGACAUUGAGAUCCUACAACAGUUGGCCAGCUUAAAAGUCUCCAUCCCCAUUAACGUAGCUGAUAUCGGAAAGACUAUUGACGAUCUUAUUGCAAGAAAAAAUUAUUACCUUGAAAACCAGGUCAAGGUAACUAAUGAAAAUAUCGAGAAAGCUGAAGCAGAAAUUUCGGCUUUAGAGAAUAGAUCUGUAAAAGGCCAAGAUUAUCAACAAGAAAAAGUUGUCACAAUUAGUGAAGUGAAAUCGGAAGAAAUUGUGGAUAAUGAAUCCAGUUCUGUUGUCGACUCUCAUGUGAAGGAGGAAGCCCAAUAA